GUUCACAAGAAUUUAACCCAAAAAAGUAAUAAACAACGAUGUUCAAAAACUUUAAAUUAAUUCAAUCAUAAAAGUUUAAAAUGUUCUUCAAUAAACGUAAACGAAAAAGUUUUAAUUUCUGGAUAUCGUAUUAAAAAAAAACAUACUAAAGAAAAAUUGAUAAAAAGCGGUCUCUUUUUGAAAAAGUUUUUCUUUUCUGCACCAACUGUAAUAAUAAUAAUAUGCAGGAAGUUCCAAUAAAACCCAGAAGGAAAAGGGUGGAUGUAGAAGUGCAUAAAGCUGAAACACCAUCAAUUAAAACGUUUGGCGGAAAUUAUCCAGUCGUUUAUUCAAAUAGAAAAUCAAAGCAUCGAAUAAAAUCCGAAGAUUUAAACGAAGAGGAGAAGUUGAAUGAACGCAUUAGUAAAAGACAUUUAGUGAAGGAAAAUGAGAAACUCAAUAAAGAGAUUGAAUCGUUACAAGAAAAACUUACCUCUAUGGAGUUGUAUGUGGAAAGAAAAAAUAAUAAGUUUAAAGAAAAAUUGAGUAGUCUUCAAAGUCUUAACGAAGACUUAAAUAACGAAAAUGUAUCGCUUAGAAAUCUAAACGAAGAGAUUUUAGCUCAAUUUAGAGCUUGCCAAAAUGAAUUGGAAAUUGCAAGGAAUUGUCAAAAAUGUGAAGAAUUUAACAUUUUGGUCGAAAGACAGAAAGAAGAUAUUACACAUUUAAAAAAAUCUAAUUUUGAAUUAAUCGAAGAUGUUGAUAUGCUAAAAAAUGUGGUUUUUAGACUCAACGUUCAAUUAGAACGAUACCAACAAAAACUGCAUAAAUCCAACUUAUCGUUUAAUUCACAUUCCCAAAAUAUCCCAAAAUCGACUCCAAUUUCCCACGAAAACAUUGUCGAUGGGAUCUCAAUUUUAUCUCAAACCCAUCGUGGACACCCACAUACCGCUGUUUCUUGGGGAAAAGUGAAUGUCCAUACUCUUGGACCUCUCCUCGAUGCUUAUGAAGACUCAAUCAAUGAAAAAGACAACAUCAUCCAACAAUAUGAGGAUCAAUUAUCGAUAUUUACCGAGAAAAUGAGAGAUAUUAUUAAGGAAAACGAAAAUCUUCAUAAACAACUUAUUGAAGAUGAUGAUUCAAGUUACGUUCUUUCGGGGGAAAUCGAGAAAUUAAAGGAGGAACUACAGUCGUUGAAAGAACAAAAUGAUUUAUUGAUUAAAAAGUGUGCGUUGAAACAAGAUAAAGUUGAGGAAAUUUUAAAAUGUUACGAGCAAAAAGUUGAACAAACUAAAAGAGAUUAUAAAGUUCUUCACGAAGAAUACUGUAAAAAUCGCACGGAAAUAGCGGCUUUAAAAGAGAAAAAUAAAAGUUUAUUAGAAGAAAAAGAUGAUUUUAGAAGUGAGAGGCAUCAAUAUAUUCCGUUAAGCGUUCAUAAUGCAAGCGUGAACGAGUGUAAAAAGUGGUACGAAGAGUUGAAACAACAGUACGAGAAAGAAAAAGGAAAACUUAAGGAGGAUAUUGAAACGUUAAAUAAACAGUUAUUAGAUGGAGCGGGGAAAAUAUCGGAAUAUAAAAAAGAAAGAGAUGAGAAUGAGUUAAAAUUAAAAGCAGGAGACAAACAAAUUAAGAAAUUAGAAACUAAAUAUUUAGAGUUACAACAUACACUAAAAGAAGUUGAGUUAUCAAGGAGUGCUUGCAGAAAACAAUUACAUAAAGCGAUGAGUUUUGCUAGGGAGCUUGUUUCUGAGCAAGAAACUUUGUUGAAGGCCUUAAAUCAACGACAUCAAGAGAAUAAAGCCGUUAAAAGAAUCGGAUCUGAUAUUGCAACAAGAAUGGAUAGUUUAAAAAGUCAAUUAAAAACUGUUCAACAUGAAGCGUAUCUCGAUUUAUCUUCCGUGGAACAAAAAUUACAACAAAAAGAUACGAUAAUAAAUAAUUUAAAGAAACAGCAUAGUUUAGAAAUGGAUAAGUUGAAAAAGUUAAUAACUGAAAAAGAAGAAAAAAGUAUUUUAUUGAAAACUAAAUCGGAUUCUUCCAUACCAUUGCCUCAUUAUUUAUUAUUCAGGGAAAAAUCUAUGCAAAAAUCAUGA